UCGGCCUUUUAUAUCGGAGUAUUGAGCGCGUGCUGAGGCGGAACCAUCGAGUCCGCGUCGCACGUUUCUCUCCGGCUCACUUACGCGACCGGAACAACAAGAGGCACGAGAGCGAAGCUGCGCGCGUCGCUCUGCUGCCGGGAGACGGACUGAAGGCCGACGCGGCGAUGGAGGGAGACGCGGCGAUGGAGGGAGACGUGCUGGACGCGCUGCAGCAGCUUGGCUAUGGCGGCCCUCUGCGGGAGGAGGAGGCGCUGCUCGGAGCCGCGGCGGGAGGCCUGUCGUCGCCGGAGUACGUGGAGCUGUGCCGCUGGCUGGCGUCCAGGUUACAGCUGCUGUGUGGUCUGGAGGAGAGCAUCACUUCCGGUCCAGUUCUUGAGUGCGACCCUGACCCCGUUGCUCCCCGACGGCAUCAUGCCGGUCCAACGGAACAUCCGCCCUCAGGGACCAAUGCGCCGGUUCCUCCGGCUGAGGUGCAGCGCCUGCAGGUGGAGCUGAGCGCGCUGCUGAAGGAGCUGCACUGGCCCUGUGAAGAGGUCGGUUCAGGGAUUCUGAAGGGCGGCGCACGCACCACCAGGGACCACCUGAAGGUCGUCUUGUUUCUCAGCUCUGAGCUCCAGGCGGCGCAGAUCGUGAGCGGCGGCGGCGGCGGCGCUCGCCAACACGACCAGGGUCCGGUGCACCGGGAGCUCCGGGCCAUCUGUGAGACCCUGAACCUCCCGGAGCCCAGCGGGCGGGACGCGGCCGGGCUCUUCUCCCACGUGCAACACCAGGUGGAGGAAGUCCUCAAAGGUCUUCCAAACGGCUUCCUUGGAAACCCGGCGCUCCGGAGGCCUCUGGGCAGCGACCAAUGGGAGAAGCUGAACGUCGUCAACGCGGCUCUGACUGCAGAGUACGAGUGUCGGCGCAAGAUGAUGAUCAAACGUCUGGACGUCACGGUGAUGUCCUUCAGCUGGGCAGACAGGGCCAAGGUCCAGGUGGACCGCGUAGCGAGGGCCUACCAGCCCAGGAGACGCUCCCUGAGGCCGCGGGCCGCCGUGGACAUGGCCGCCCUGCUGGCCGCCAGAGGAGACGUCUGCAACGUGGUGAAGACGAGCAGCGGCUCCAGCAGGGAGAGGACGUCUUGUGCCGUCAACAAGAUCCUCAUGGGCAGAGUCCCAGACAGAGGGGGCCGGCCCUCGGAGAUGGAAGCCCCUCGGCCCGAGAUGCCACCCUGGCAAGCAAGACAAGAUGGAGGAGGGAGUUGGAGAGGGGGGGGACAGAACCGUGGUGGACAUGGGGGAGGGGGAGUUGAGGAGGGGACAGAACCGUGGUGGACAUGGGAGGGGGGGAGUUGGGGAGGGGGACAGAACCGUGGUGGACAUGGAGGAGGGGGAGGGGGGGGGAGUUGGGGAGGGGGGGGACAUGGAGGAAGGAGAGGGAGGUACUAGUUAUUGGUCUUGACAUGAACUGCUGUUGUUUCUAUGGAGGGAGAAAUGAGUUUAAUCUGAUGACGGUAAAACAUCUUCAUCUUAGAUCGUUUGUAAUGCUCCCUUGGUUGUUUUUAUUGUUUAUAUUUUGCUUUUAACUUUCUCAGUGUUAACGUGGAAAGAAAUACCUGUCAUUAGACCUUUUUGUACAAGAACAAAUGAUCCAACAUCUGCAUUGGACUUAAGACUGUUUCCUCAACACUGAUUCUAAAGAAGGUUGAGUUUUAAAGAGGAAUAGAUACUUUAUUAACAGGUGUCUGAAGGACUGAAGUGAUGGACAAGUAUUACAAUCUCUCCUUUACUAUUGGCUGUGAUGCUUUUCCCGUCUGAAAUAAUGUAAUAAAAUCUCCUCCAAUGACAAA